UAGCAACUGGGGAAUGCUGUGUGUUGGACUGUCCCUGUCCGGAUUAUGGCGGGGACUGUACGGAAUGCCAAACUGCUCUUGCUUACUUCUACUUGGCAACGGUACGAGGUGGCUUUUUCGUGUGGAAAAAUGCUGCAUUGGUUUUCUUUGCGCUCUGCGCGCCAUUCGUUUUAGAGGGCAGUAUGAGGACAGGAAAAAAGUGUACUCAUAAGUAGAUAAUUAAGACGAACACGAAGAAGAGAGGCUGCUUCCUACUUAAAAAUCAAAUACAGGCUCCUCCUUUUCCUCUAAUAGAGGUGCCUCCUUUUUAGUCUUUCUUUCUAAUCGAGGUGUCAUGUACUUUCAUCUCGAGUAAGUACUUGAGUACGCUUUUCCGUGUCAUAAGCAGUAGCAGAUCACUUUCCUUCUGGUCAUGCUCUAGAAGAAGUGCAACAAGAAGUACAACAACAACAUCGAGUCGUGCUCGAAGUCACAGAAAAACAGGGACUGCGACUGGUCGCAGCAGCAGCUCUGAUGAUAUAAUACAAGAUCUUGAAUCACUCAGAGAACGCGACAGAGGCAGCUUUAGGUCUUCUACUAGCAGAGCAGGUGGCUUUUUGUUUUCUCGAGUGAGAAUGUCAGCGAUCGGGAUCAUUUUUCGACGAAGGCUAAGGCUCCCAACUGCUCCACGUUGUCUCGACAGUUAAGGUUCUGGAGCAUCCUCUGCCGCGCUCUUGGCCUCCUUUCAAGGUGGAAAGAAGGCUGCAAGGAUAUCGCUUUCUGGGAAAAUGGCGAAAAAGGGCUCAAGGAAGGGCUCAGGGAUGGAAAAGCUCAAGGAGGAGCUCAGGGACAAGGAUAAUAUGGCCUGCCCGGAAGAUGCGACGCGGUAGCUCUACGACAUUUGGUCUCGCAGCGCCUUUUGUAGCCGUUGCUGGCAUUCAACAUCGUACAGGAGCAUCUUCACGAAGAGUUUCUCCUUGCUCCUCCUCGCGUUGGUGAUUCAGAUAGCGACUCUGUGCCGGGAAUUCACGAUAUAUGAUUGAGCGCAAUUUCUCUACCGACUUCUUUGUAUGGUUCUGGUAUUUGGUAGCCUGAAUCUCAUACAAGGAUUCUCUUCUUGUUUUCCCUAUGAUCAAAAUCUGAUCACAUUUCCUUAUCAUCAAAUUUCCUUAGGCCGAAUCUGCUCACAUUUCCUUAUCAUCAAGAUCAGGCUACCAAAUACCCGAGCCAUUCACUCUUUGGCGCAGUGACGGGUCGGCUGGCUCUGCUUUCCUUUUUACUGGCAUUUCUUCCGACGAUACGCAACUAUGAGAUGACAUGGAAGUCCUGGGACCACGGGUUUGCGCAGGCAAUGCAGAAGCGUGAGAAAGAAAUAGCGAAAGCACUCAUGAGAAUAAAAAAGGUUGUCGACGAGGAAAAAAUGGAGGUGCUAUCAUCUUCCAGUAAAGGAAACAAGAAAAAAAUGGAAGUGCCAUCAUCUUCCAGCACGAGCAACGAGGAAAAAAUGGAGGUGCCAUCAUCUUCCAGCACAAGCAACGAGGAAAAAAUGGAGGUUCCAUCAUCUUCCAUGAACACAGGGUCUGUCGAGUCCUCCUCUACUUCUGCAGCUAUUACAUUUUAUCAACAGGAAGAAGACGAGGCUGGCGAUUCUAGCUCCUUUACGCUUACUGGCGUAACGACUGCGGCGAUAGAAGCGCAAUUUUUUGGCCUGGACAACAAUAGGACGAGGAAUGUUGACACGUCGGCAAUUCGUACAGAAACAGAAGACGGGAACGACCCUGGCCAUCGUCGACGUUAA